GAGAUAUGGAAAAAAAACCAAAAAAACCGAAACCACGAUACCUGUGGAACCGCGUCCGUAUCGUAACUUUCUUCGCGUCCACCUUCUCUGCCAUUCUCCAUUGUCCUACUUUUCCUCCCUUUCUCCUAACCCACCUCUCCCCUCUUUUUUCCUCUCCCCCCCGUCAACCACACUCGCACCGCCUUUGCCAAUUCCUUCCCUGAGGGUGCUUCUCUUCAUCGUUCACGUUCCUGAAUUCGGUCGAUUUUUAUUCUUCUUGGAUCUCCACCACGGCGUGUGCCCUUUGUUCCUCGCCGCCGUCCAAAGCAACAUCGCAUUGUUGUCCCAUCGUCACGGUCUCCCUUCGUUGGCAACCUGCGAUUCAAGAUCUGAUAUCUUCCGCCUCCCGCCCCCCCGUCCCUGAGUCGCUUUCCACCACCACCUAGGACUCAGCAAGAAAAAGCGUCGCUUUGUGUUGCACUGUCGAAUUCUGCUCUGCUUCUGCCAGUCGAGUUUCUACCUUUGCGCAAUCACCAUUGUUGUGUUGCGCCAGAUCGAUACUCCCCCAACUCCGCCUUCGCCAACACACAACCAAAGCUUACGAGCUCCGCCUCUCGCAGCUUCGACACCAAGCGUGACCCGUUUCGAACACCGAAAAAAAAAGGUCCGCCUCUUGCUCGCAGCGACGACUCCAGUCCCCCGGGAAAAGGAGCCAGGUAACGAAACGAAUCCCACACCGCUUUCUGCAAACCGCGAUCACCUGUGACUUUCGCUAGUCAUGGCCAAUCCGUUGCAGCUCGCCUACCGAACCCAGAAGGCCAUCGGCGUCUUUGAUGCCGACCCUGUCUACGAAGCCCUUCCUGGAUUCACCAAGCCCGAAGGGAAUCUCCGGUGCUGUGUCUACUCGGGAUGCGGCCGCUACUUUGCCUACGCCACUAACGAGGGCGUCGUCAUCGUCGACGCGUCCGUCGGCCACGUCUUGACUUCGCUGCCCAUCCCUGCCGUCUACGAACUCAGCUUCUCCCCCCACGGUACCUACUUGAGCACCUGGGAGCGCCCCGCCAAGGAUGAGAAUGGCGAUGCUACCAAGAAUCUCAAGAUCUGGCGCACCAUUGAGGAGCUCGCUGAUGGUGCUGAGAAGCAGCCCAUUGGCAAGUUCGUCCAAAAGUCUGCUAAUGGCUGGAACCUGCAGUACACGGAGGAUGAGCGCUUCUGCGCGCGCAUCGUCACCAACGAGGUCCAGUUCUACAACAGCAACGAUCUCGGCACCGUGUGGAACAAGCUGCGCGUUGAGGGCGUCUCCGACUUUGCCCUCGCGCCCGGUAAGAACCAGAACGUUGCUGUUUUCGUCCCAGAGCGCAAGGGACAUCCCGCCUCCGUCAAGGUCUUCAACGUUCCCCAGUUCACCAGCCCGAUUUCGCAAAAGACCUUUUUCAAGGCCGACAAAGUCCAGCUCAAGUGGAACCAGCUCGGAACUGCUCUGAUUGUGCUGGCGCAAACAGAGGUUGACAAGUCCAACAAAAGCUACUACGGCGAGACCAACAUGUACCUCCUGAGCGCCAACGGCUCGUUCGACGCUCGCGUCACUCUUGACAAGGAGGGCCCUAUCCACGAUGUGUCGUGGUCCCCCAACUCCAAGGAGUUCGGUGUCGUAUACGGCUACAUGCCCGCGAAAACCACCAUCUUCAACCACCGUGCCGUCGCCACCCACUCCUUCCCUCUUGGCCCCCGUAACACCAUCAUCUUCUCGCCUACUGGCCGGUUUGCCUUGGUUGCCGGUUUCGGUAACUUGGCUGGUCAGAUCGAUGUUUACGACCUUGAGAAGGAUUAUCGCAAGAUCACCACCAUCGAAAGCGGUAACCCCAGUGUCUGCACCUGGUCUCCCGACAGCCGUUACAUCUUGACGGCCACUACUUCUCCCCGUCUUCGUGUUGACAACGGCAUCAAGCUCUGGCACGUUGGUGGCGGUAUCAUGUACAACGAGGACAUGGUUGAGUUGUACAACGUUAUCUGGCGCCCUGUUCCUGCUAACAACCUUCCCAACGUUGACCCGCUGCACCCCGUGCCCACUCCUCACCCUUCGGCUUUGGCAUACCUUGGCACUGUCAAGACGCCUUCCAAGCCCGUCGGUGCCUACCGCCCGCCCGGCGCCCGUGGCUCUUCCACUCCUCUUCACUUCAAGCGUGAGGACGAGGGAGGUGCCGCCCACUCGGUUAGCAAUGGCGUGCCUCAGGUCGGUCCUAAUGGGUUCGGCCGCCCGCGCCGCCAGAUUCCUGGCGCCGAGUUUGCCGAGCCAGCGAGACCUUCUGUUCCCGGCGCCGCUGUGGACGAUGAGAACUUGUCCAAGACUGCCUUGAAGAACAAGAAGAAGCGCAACAAGAAGGCCAAGGAGGGCCAGGCACAGGGCGAGGGCGCGACUACUCCUAACGAGGGUGGUCUUGCCCCUCCCCGCGAGUCUGUCGACGGCCGCAGCCCCGAUCGCAACCACCAGCGUCACCACUCGCGCAGCCAGUCGCGCAGCAACAACCUGGCUGUCCGUACUCAGAACAACCACCGCAGCCGCUCGAACGUGCGCCAGGCCAAUGCCCCUGCUCAACAGGCUGCCCCAGUCGUUGACGCCGCCGCAGCGGCUGCCCAGAGCGCCAAUGCGAAGAAGAUCAGGUCUCUUCAGAAGAAGAUCCGCGCUAUUGAGGAUCUCGAGAUGAGACAUGCUGGUGGUGAGAAGUUGGAGGAUACCCAGUUGAAGAAGAUCGCCACCAAGGGCUCUGUGAUUAAGGAGCUGGAGGCCCUGGAAAAGGAGGGUCAUUAAAUCAAAAAGGUCAUGCGUCGGGGGUUGAGAAGCUUGUGAGACGGAUGGAAGUAGAGUAGUGGUUAUCAAGUUGGGUAGUUGAGAGUUGACUUGUGGGACUCGAAAAUUCUUGUUUUGCUACGUUUCCCCAGCCAGUUGUCCGGCAUAUGUGAGCUUCUUUGUAAGUAGUAUGCGGCGGUUAUGACGAUGAUGUUGCUAAGAACGUAUCGCUGGGGUCUCUCUGUUCCGAGUUAAGCUACGCUGGCAGUCGAACUUAUGUCGGUGUGGUGCAUCAUGUUUUUUUUUGGGCAUGCGAUGAGAGGGAGAAAGUCCGACGCAGCAGGAAUUCACCUUGAACAUGUUUCACUUUCACCAAAGGGAAGGCGUUGAAGGAGUGGUUAGAAAAAAAAAGUAUAUAUCGGCAAAAUGAAGUUAUGGCAGCCUUCAGUUACGUUGUGUCCGUGAUAAGCGGUGAUAAGUAAUGAACCGAAGCCUUCGUCAGUCUCUAACAACCCCAAAGCGUCGUGGAACAGCUUGUGACACAUGUGCCAUGGACAUUCCAUUUGAAGGCUCGACAUGGUCGCCCGUCGAAGUGGUCAUACGAGUCAAAGGGCACCCAAAUCCGACAGUCCGCCGGUUGCAUCUCGCGAUGCCAUGUGCACGAGCGCAACGGGUAUGGAUGUUCGGACCUCGACACCACAGUACGAGUAAGUGAUCAAGACAAGUACAUUCAUGAGAACAUCAGCUCAUUGAGUUUUCAACAUGGGCGCGUCAGCGACAAAAAGAGCGCGACAGAUCAAGGUGCGCAGGUAAAUCGAUGGCAGAUACUCUCAGAUAACAAAAGAGUUUUGCGAAGUGGGUGGAAAUGUCCCAGGCAAAAUAUUUCUCUACUCCUCGACAGAGAAGAACAAAGGUAGAGGGUAAGAGCUUGAAAAAUUCUCUUCUAUCCUCCACUUUCCCCUCCAGAAUGUCAUUGCAGUAGACGGAAACCGGAGUGAAUAUGAAGGAAC